CCUUGCAUCAUUUUUUAAAAUGAUUAUCAAAAGUUGAUCAUAUGUUUAUCAAAUUAAUGACGUCAUUUAUUAUUAGGUAUCAUUCCACGUGCUAUAAGUAAAUUAUUUGCCGACCUUAACGAACGAAAAGAAAAAAAUCCUUCCUAUGAAUUUGAAGUUUAUGUAUCAUUCUUAGAAUUAUAUAAUGAAGAUUUUAUAGACUUACUUAAUAAAAAAGGAAAGAGUGAUUUAAUGAUAAGAGAAGAUGCAAAUAGUCAAAUAUAUUGGGCUGGUGUAAAAGAAGUUCAAGUUUCGGAUUCAGAUGAACUCUUAGGACAAUUACAAAAGGGUUCACUGUGUCGAACUGUCGCUUCAACAGAUAUGAAUAUGGUAUCUUCAAGAUCACAUGCUAUAUUUUCCGUAAUACUGAAACAAACAAGAGUAGAAAAUUUAAAAGAAAAUAAAGAAAAUGAUGCUCCACCACCUGAAACUUCAACCACUUCAAAAAGAAAGAGUAAACAAAAAUUAUUAACAUCAAAAGUAACUUCAAAAUUUCAUUUCGUAGAUUUGGCUGGUUCUGAAAGGUUAAAGAGAACUAACGCCGUAGGUGAUAGAGCAAAAGAAGGAAUAGCAAUUAAUGGUAGUUUACUAGCCCUUGGUAAUGUAAUUAGUGCUCUUGGUGAUGAAUCAAGAAAGGUCACUCAUAUUCCUUAUAGAGAUUCAAAAUUAACACGUUUAUUACAAGAUUCACUUGGUGGUAAUAGUCAAACUCUUAUGUUGGCUUGUGUUUCACCAGAUGAUUCUAAUUUAAUGGAAACCUUAAAUACACUAAAAUAUGCUAAUCGUGCUCGUAAUAUUAAGAAUAAAGUUAGUGUUAAUGAAAGUUAUGGUGGUAAUUCUAUUGAAAUAAAUCAAUUACGUGGUCAAAUAAGUAGAUUAAAGAUGGAGAUUCAAACUUUACGAGCUGGUGGUUGUAAUGAAGAAACAAGUCGUAAACAUGAAGAAGAAAUUGAGAGUCUUAAAAAUGAAUUAGGAAUGACAAAAUGGAAACUUAAAAAUGUUGAACAAGAACUUAUCACUACAAAAGCUGAAAGGAACACUCUUUUAAUGGAAAUUAGUUUUAAUGAUCAAGAUCUUUCAGAUGCUGAUCGUGAACAUAGGAUUAAAACUCAUAAUAUCGUUCAAGGUUAUGAAUCAGAAAUUCAAGAUAUUAAAAAUCAAAUUUCUGAACUUUUAGCUGCACAAGCUUAUCAACAUCAAAGUAAAUCUUCUUUGGCUGGAACAACAACAGGAAGAGAGAAAGGUCAUAUCAAAUUCUCCGAUCCUCAUAUUUAUUCAUCUGAUGAAGAUAUUCAUAAUCUUAAUAAUAAUAAUAAUAAUAAUAAUAAUAAUAAAGAGAAUAGUGAGAAGAAAGGUAAAAAGAAGAAGAAACGUACUUCAAUAAGAGCUGAUGGUCACUUCCCAGUUUCUGAUGAAACUUCUACUACUAAAAUCUCACCUGUUGGCCCUUCCUCAUCUCAUCAUCAACUUGAACAUGUCGUAAAUGAUCAAAGUUUGGAAGAAGCUAAAUCCUUAUUCACACCAUAUGAUGAAGACGAAGAAAAUAUUGAAGAAGAAGAUGGUGAAGAUGGUGAAAAUGUUGAUGGUGAAUCAUUCAAAUUUACUCGAAAAUUGAGAAGGCGUAGCAAGACAAGAGAUAAGCUUGAAAAGGCCAAGGAACAACUCAGACAAAGUUACAUGAUAAUAAAGAAUGGAGGUUCUUUACAUGAUGAUCCUAUUUUAAGUCAAUUAAUAAAACAACCUUCAUCAACUAGGAGAACUAAGAGUGAAAAUUAUAUUGAUCAAAUGAUUCGCAAUCAUCAAAAAGAAAAAAGAAGAUCAAGCAGUGUAUCUUUCAGUGAAAUUCAAAUCAUUGAAGUACCAGAAUGGCAAGAAUCUAAUCCACAACCACCACAACCUACUCGUCGUACUUCAAAUUCAGGUUGUUCUGUUAGUUUCUCCGAUCGACCAAUUUCUUCUGGUUCAACUGAAUAUUCUCAAGAUAGCACUGAUUGCUCAUCUCAACAACAACAACAAAAUGUUAUUGCUCUUACCCGUAUGUUACAUCAAAUUCAAGCUGAUAUUGCUGUUAAAGAACAACUCGUUUCACAAUUGGAACGUGCUGAACAAGAAUAUACUUAUAUGAGAGCUCAAUAUGAACAAAAAUUGGCUGAUAUGCAAGAAGCUAUAAUUACCUUACAACAAGAAAGAAAUUCUGCUGUUAAACGUGCUCAAAAUGCUAAUACUGGCGUUAGUACUCGUGAUAAGAAUUCAAUCCUUGUCGAACUUAAAUCUCGUUAUGAACACAAGAUGAAACGUUUAAUCCAAGAAAUUGGUGAACUUCGUAGAAAAUAUAAUGAAGCUACUCAAUCUACAACCACGUCAAAGAAUCAAAAUGAAACAAUGCUCAAGAGUAUGCGUGCUCAAAUUGAACAACUAAAAAGUGAAAAGAUGCGAGCGAUGAAGCGUAUGAAGGAUGAAGCUGAACGUGUCCGUGAAAUGACUGAACGUAAUCAACGUGAAAUUCAAAAUCUUCGUCGUAAAGAAAAAUCUGCUCAAGAACAAAAGAAACGUUUUGAAAGAACUAGUGAAAUGCAAAAAAUCAUGCUUGAAAAGAGACAGGAAGAAGUUUUACAAACAAAUAGUAAACUUAAAUCAGUUAUGGCCUUACUCAAACGAACCACUACUCCAAAGUCAAUCACCAAGGCUAUCCGUAAUCACAAACGACAAUCAAUAUCUAAUGAUGAAAACAGAAAGGAAUCGAGACGAUCCUCCGAUGAUAUUAGUCCUAUCUAUGAUGAAGUAUUUGCCAGUGGUUAUGAUAAGAAAAAACUUCUUGAUGAAGCAAUCUAUAAAUAUAUUAGUGGUCGUCAAACAUUGACAAUGAUGGAUGAAUGGAUCGUUAAAAGAAAUAAUUUACAAGAAGAGAAGAAUGAAUUACUUGAAAAACGUGAAAAAAUAAUUACUAGCGAAAUUGGAAAUGAGUUAGGAGGAGAUGCUCAAGCAUUAGAUGAUAAGAUUGAGAUGAUCACCUCGGAAAUUUCUUAUAUUACUGCCAAGAUUCAUUCUUUACAAUCAAGUAUUGCAGCCGAACAAGAAGAAAAAGCUGCUGAAAAUAACAAAGAAUCUGAAGAUAAAUCACGAAAGAAUAGUAUCAAGUCAAGUAAAAUUAAAAAGAAACUUUCUUUCCUCUUACCAGAAAAUGCCACACCUGAAGCAUCAUAUGACGUUGCUGUUCGCAUUUUACGAAAUUUGGAUGAAUUUGAAAGUUAUACAAUAUUAGAAUCCUUCUUUAAGGAUAUUGUUGAUCUUAAAACUGGAGAUUGGUCUCGACAAAUGACCUUGGAACAACAAGAAAAGACAAUUAUUGAUUUAAGAAAAACUUUAUUGGCCAUGCGAAGAGCUGCAGUUCUUACAACAAGUGAAUAUGAAAAGAAAAACAGAGAACUUGAAGAAGCUUUACGUUUCGGUGGAGGAUCAUUAAGUCCAUCAACUCCGGAAAAGAGAGAAUUACAGAUGGAUGAUAUUGAAAAUAGUACUUCCAAUGCCAUUUCCUUAUUUGAUCAUAAAUUAGAUCAAGCUUAUGCAGAAGUCGAAGCUGCAGUAUCAGCAGGAACUCUUGGAACUCCUGGUCAAAUGGGAUCAUUAUCAAGACGUAAUUCAUACUUCUUUGAUGAUGAUGCAGCUUACUUCUCUUCUUCACCAUUAUCUGCAAGUCCAUUGAAUACUGGUAAUAAUAGAACAAGUUUCUCUUCAAGACCACCAAUACCUCCCGGUUGGUUAAAUCUUCAACCGCGUGAAAAAGUACUCGAACAAACUAAUGAAACAACGCCGGACGUUCCAACAAAUCCAAGAAGAAAAGAUUCUGGUAAUAGUGAAUCUAGUGGUGAUAACAACAAUAAUACAAAGAGAAGGAGUUCAAAUGGUCGAAGAUUAAAGAGACCAUCUAAUGGUCCAUCUACACCAUCAACACCAAAACCAUCAACACCAAAAGAUGAAAAUAUUUCUCCUUUAGAACGUACAAGGUCCAUUGGUCAACCUUUGGAACGUACCAGAUCCAGUAAUCAACAUUUAGAACGCGCCAGAGCUGGUGUCCAACUUUCAAGUUCACGACGAAGUUCGCUUCGUGAUGGGUCAACAAUUCUUGCACAUAGUCGACAAAGUAGUUCAACAAGCACUUAGAACCAGGGGGCGAUGGUCCACGUGAUAGCGGAUAUUUUUAGAAGCGGUGAUAAGCGAAGAUCACAAAGCAGUAUGGCACGACGAGGUUCCAAAGAUCAUAUUAUAUGCGACAAAGUUCAUAUGGACGUAGUUCACCCGAUAGUGUAGUGAUGAUGCAGCAAGCGUAACAAGUACGACCAGUGAAUGUGAAAAACGUGCAUUCAUGUCACAUCAUACACAUACAAGAUCAGAAACACCGACAGCAUGAGAUAAUAUUUUUGAUCGUUUAUCAAAGAGUCAACCACAUUUGAGUU